AUGAACAAGAAACCGACGACUGACAAAGGUGCGAAGAAGAAGAAGGGGCAAUCGGCGGCCGAGAGAAAUCGGUAAGAUCCUUUUGUGAAUGAGCAGAAAUCCAUUUCUCUUUGUCAGAAUUGAACGCCAGAGACAAUCUGAAAUCGACGAUGAAAUCCAGCAACUGAUGGCUUUUUUGCCGCCACGCCCGCCUCAGAAAAUGUCGAGAAACGACGUUCUAAAGUGAUUUUUUUUUUUGGGCAUUUAAUUAUCGAAAAUUGCAGGGAGAUUCACGAGAUGGUGCUCAAGAUCAAGGCGGAACAAGAGGCGAAAGGACUCACACUUGCUGACUAUUUCCAUGUGGACGGCAACGGAAAUCCUCUUCCGGCCGUUUCUGGCGAAGGGAAUGCUCAGGCGAACACCGCAGAUCCCAGUUCCUCUUCCAAAAACUGA